AUGGGCAAGGAGGCAGGCGAGGCUUUCGAAAAGGCAGCAUCAGUACAACGUCAGCACCUGAACGAGCCUGAUGACGAAGCAAACACGCUCACAGACGCCUUCAAGGCCUACCGCAAAGAUGACCCAGAAGCCGCAGCGAGGUGUUUAGACAAAGCCAUUGCGCAUUACUGCGCCAAAGGCAACUUCCGCCGUGCAGCCACUCACAAGCAGAACCUUGCCGAGCUCUACGAAGUCGAGCUUGGUGACAACGCCCGAGCCGGAGCCGCCUACGAGGAAGCAGCUGGUUGGUACGAGAGCGCACUCGCCAACAAGCUUUGGCUCAAGACCGCUGAUCUCGUCGCCCUAGAAGGCAAGGACUACUACAAAGCCAUCGAGCUUUACGAGAAGGUCGCGAAGACCUCGAUCUCCAACAACCUCAUGCGCUGGUCCGUCAAGGAGUACCUUCUCAAAGCUGGUAUCUGCCAGCUAUGCACAGGCGACCAGGUCGGCGUCAACACUGCGCUUGACAGGUACAGGGAGCUGGAUCCAAGCUUCCAGCAACAGAGGGAGCACGCGCUACUCGUUGACUUGGCAGGUGCGGUGCAGGAAGGCGAUCAGGAGAUGUUUGCCGAUAAGUUGUUCCAAUUCGAUCAGCUGAGCAAGCUCGACAAGUGGAAGACUACGCUUCUGCUGCGGGUCAAGAACACGAUUGAAGAGGGUGGCGAGGACUUUUCGUAG